GGAGGAGGGGCAAUGCAAACCCUUCAGGUGGCCCCGUGAUUUCUCACCUCCCCAGCGCCCAGCUCCUGCUCGCUCUCGGCUAGGUGGGCUGAGAGAAGCGCGAGAAGCGCUGGUCCCCUCAAGCUCCUAGCGAGUCCAGCCACUCACUGGCUUCGCUCCUCAGACCUAACAACUUGACACUGAGCAGCGGCAAAGGAGGCGACGGCGGUGGCAGCGCCUAUGCCGAUGUAGCGGGCGAGCAGUGUGGAGCCGAGCCCCGAGCAGUGCAGAAUCAAGCGAGGUGAGGCGAGCAGGGCAGGGCAGGGACACCCGCUGCCUCCUGGAAACCACGCCCGCCUUGGCUGGAGCCUCCCAGGGACAGAGCUGGGAGUCCUUCCAUUCACCACCUCCUUCUCCGGGCGCUGGGCAUAAGCCGGCGUCAGAAAUUGGAGGUAACUUGAGGUUGCCGAGUUUCCCACUUCGAGUGGCUGGAGAGCGAAAGAAACAUAUGAUCUGAACUUUGAGCUAGUGACCAUCUACUCCUGUCCUCUCCACCUUGGGUGGCAAAACCUUCGGCCUGUCCAGAGUACCUGGUGUCGGAAUAAGAGAUCCUGAAAAAAAUGAACCCGCUGUCCUUUUGGAUUUUCAUUGCUGACCCAUGCAAGUGAUGUUAAGUUACAAAAAUGACCCUCUUGCCUGGAGAGAACUCAGAUUAUGACUACAGUGCCCUGAGCUGCACAUCAGAUGCUUCCUUCAGUCAUCAGCAUGCAUUCUUUCCACGGACUGAAUCACUCAAGGGUGUAUUUUACCGCAGAGCCAAGAGACUUCACCCCAAAGACAACACCCACCAAAGCAUUCAACCUGAAGAUCGAAAAAGACAGAUCAUCAUUAAUGUGGGGGGGAUCAAGUACUUGCUUCCAUGGACUACUCUGGAUGAGUUCCCCUUGACACGUCUGGGCCAGCUCAAGUCCUGUACCAACUUCGAUGACAUCCUCAAUGUCUGUGAUGACUACGAUGUAACCUGCAAUGAGUUCUUCUUUGACCGCAAUCCUGGGGCCUUCCGGACAAUCUUGACUUUUCUUCGGGUAGGGAAGCUUCGGCUGCUCAGGGAGAUGUGUGCCCUCUCUUUCCAGGAGGAGCUUCUGUACUGGGGCAUCGAGGAGGACAACUUAGACUGGUGUUGCCGUCGACGAUACCUGCAGAAGAUUGAGGAGUUUGCUGAAAUGAACGAAAGGGAGGAUGACCUUCCAGAGAGUGAGAGUGCUGGGGAGAUGGCCGAGGAGACCAGGUUGGGCCAGUGCAUGAAGAGACUGCAGGACAUGGUGGAGAAACCUCAUUCAGGGCUGCCAGGGAAGGUGUUUGCCUGUCUCUCUGUGCUAUUUGUAACCAUCACAGCAGUGAAUCUUUCUAUCAGCACCAUGCCCAGCUUGAGAGAAGAAGAAGAACAAGGUGAAUGUUCCCAGAUGUGCUACAAUAUCUUCAUUGUGGAGUCAGUGUGUGUGGGCUGGUUCUCCCUCGAGUUCCUGUUGAGGUUCAUCCAGGCACCCAGCAAAUUUUCCUUCCUUCGGAGCCCCUUGACUCUGAUUGACAUAAUUGCCAUCCUUCCCUAUUACAUCACUCUGGUGGUGGACAGCACAUCUGUGGACCAAAAAAAGCCUAGCUCUGGCAACAGCUACCUGGACAAGGUGGGCCUCGUGCUCCGAAUCCUUCGGGCCUUGAGGAUCUUGUAUGUGAUGAGACUGGCAAGACACUCUCUGGGUCUGCAGACACUUGGGCUCACAGCACGACGGUGUACCCGGGAAUUCGGGCUCCUGCUGCUAUUCCUUUGUGUGGCUAUAGCCCUCUUUGCCCCCUUGCUUUAUGUCAUUGAGAAUGAGAUGGCUGAUAGCCAAGAAUUCAGUAGCAUCCCAGCCUGCUACUGGUGGGCUGUCAUCACCAUGACAACGGUGGGAUAUGGCGACAUGGUGCCCAGGAGUACUCCUGGCCAGGUGGUGGCUCUGAGCAGCAUACUCAGUGGCAUCCUCCUCAUGGCAUUUCCUGUAACUUCCAUUUUCCACACAUUCUCCCGCUCCUACCUGGAGCUGAAGCAGGAACAGGAAAGAGUCAUGUACAGAAGGGCACAAUUCCUGAUCAAAACCAAGUCCCAGUUAAGUAACAUGUCACAGAACAGCAAUGUUUUAUUUGGCAGCACCUCCUCAGACGCUAGAGACAAUAACUGAAAUGAGACGACCUUGAACACCCUAUGGUGUGAAGCUUAAGUGGCCUUGGCAAUGAGGCCUCCCCAAAGAUCACCCUGAUGUCUGUCACAGCUGAACAGUGGGUAUUGCCUCUACAGAGACUGGCGAGAAAAGGAGUGUUAUAUAUGGAGCUUGGGUCUUUCCCAUAAUACGUAUCCAUAGAUAGUUACUCUAUUUUGCCACAGUUAAUAGGUUCAUGUCCAUCAAUAAAGUGAAUUUUCUUCCUCUUUUUUUA